GUUAAUUUUGAGUCCUCGUUUGUGUUUCCUCUUUCUGAUUUGAGAAUGCAGCCUUUUGGUUGGAAUCUAGGGUUUGGUGUCGAGGAAAAAAGCUUACGUUCUGCUCCUGUUUCGUUCUCUGAUGUAAUAUUCCCAGUCUAGCUAUAAAAUGUGGAAAAAAAAUUAAUUUUAAUUCCUCUGUUCCAUAGAUGAACAUUUUCUCCCCUCUUGUGCGGAUUAGUUUUUGAGUGUUUGGCACUCUCCCUGUUGUGUCCUUGUAUGCGCAUCAGUUGCUCGAAUCUAGGGUUUAGUGUUGUGCAAAACGCUAAAUACUGCAGAUGAUUGUGAUGUGUGAUUCAACCUUCUGAUUCAUCCAGAAAAAGUUAGAGAUUUCAAGAUUUUCUUAUAAUUUCCACUUUACAUUGUUGUGAUUUCCACUUCACAUUGUUGUGAUCCCUAAAUUGAAGCAUUUUGGCUCGACCUUAGGGUUUAGGCUUUUAGAAAGUGUUACACGUUGCUUCUGGUUUUGAUUUCACAAGAUAACUUAAGAUUUUUAACCUCUUUCUUCGCCAAAUUCCAUGCGAUCCCCAAAUGUCACUUUUCACUUAGUCGAAUUUCAAUAUCUCUGUAUUGGCUUGAAUGUAAAGUCACUGUGGUUCAGAUAUCGAUGUUAACUCGUUCUUGAAUCUAGGGUUUACUGGUUGAGAUGCAAAAUUCUGACUAAUUUUCCCUUGAAGGCAUGUCCUUGAUAUGUGGAUCUGGGGUUUAGUGCUUCGAUUUAUGCUUUGAUGUUGUCUUGACAUGUGUCUUUUUGUAUUGAUUUCUCGAGUUUUGAGAUUAAUUUGGUGGUUUUGCUUGUAGAUGUAGGAUUAGUUUUACUAUUGCCUUUCUGCUCUAUGCAUUUUCCACUUUUUUUAUUGGUAAAACAGAAAUUAAGCGUGGGUAAAUUAGAGAAAGAGCAAAGGUGAUACUGGAAAGGCUAAGGAAACUAGUAAUUGUAAAAUCAUGCCUUUUGAGGAGCUUUCCUUUAUUCCACUUGGUGUUCCGUGACAGCUUUUUGCCAAAAAAGGAACCUUUUUGGAUCUAGCGUUUGUUUGAGAAUUUUUUUUGUUUGCAGUUAUUUGAAUAAGUUGAUAUUUUUUCAAUGAUCCUUGUGUAACCCUUGGCUGAAACCUAGAUUUCUGUGAGGGAAUUUGGUUAUAUCUUAUAGUUUAAGAUUUUUUCCUGCAUACUAUCUUGGAGAUUUGAUUAGAGUUUGACAGUAUUUUUGUUUGGUAUACUUUGAAUUUGAUGAGUUGGUUAAGUGAGUCAUUUUUCCCUCAAUUUCUUCGAUUUUGUACGGUACCAGCUGUUCAGCUGUUAUCUGUGUCAUAUAGUUUUUUCAACACAUACUGUUUGGGUUAGGUGUUCUAUUGUUGUUGUCAUUUUUAUUUGUUUAUGUUGUUGAGUUUUGCUUGCACGUGUUGCCUCUUGUUUCAGAGUGCUGCUCAGAGCUUAGUUCCUGUUGGUUUAGUUAAAUGACAUUGCUCUGUUUCACGUUAUUGGGAUCUGAUGAAUUGCAAAUGAAGAUGUCAUCAGAUUAAAAUAUUUUUGUCCUUGUGUACAAAGUUUUUAAAAUGAAUGAGCAUCAGUAUCAGAAGCAAUGCAACACUGAGAAGCGAUAUCCAGGAUGUAUGGGAAGAAUGGUGAAUCUUUUGGACUUGAGUUCGGGCUUGAAUGUAAAUAGGAUGCUUACUGAUAAAGCGCAAUUUAAUGGAAGUGCUCUUCCCAGAAGUCACCACGAUGUGCCAAUGAAGACACCACCACGGCACAAUGCUUACACUGGAGAAUAUGUAGCACAGAAACCAAUUGACCAUGAGCUAAGGAGGAGUUUUUCUGAGAAGAAAGGAAAUGGAACACCCAUGAAGAUGCUUAUAGCUCAAGAGAUGUCCAAAGAAUUUGACACUAAGCAGAAGCCUCCUAGUGUUGUAGCCCGGCUAAUGGGUCUCGAAACCCUACCAGCACAGCAACCUAUCUCUACUUGGCAAAGAAGUUCUCCUGAAGUUUCUCCAUGGAACCCAACUGUAGGGCGACAAGAUCGCCAUCAUUUACCAGUUCACUCAAAUAUGUACAGUCACUCAGGGACUACAAAUACUUAUAUGCAUUCGGGGGCAAUUCAAAGGAACCAGCAGCAAGAAGUUGGGCUCGAAGUGGAGCAUUUGCCCCACAAACGUUGUUCACCUGAGACCUACUUUCGAGGCCAAGAAGGAUACAAAGAUGUUUAUGAGGUUUGGCAAAAGACUGAGAAGUUAGAUGCAGUGAACUUGCAGAAGGAUAGGUAUGAGAAGAGCUUGGAUGAGAAGAUGGCUCUUGUGCGCCAGAAAUUCAUGGAUGCAAAGCGGUUGGCAACUGAUGAAAAGUUGCGCCAGUCAAAGGAGUUUCAGGAUGCAUUAGAGGUCCUAAGUUCAAACAAAGAUUUGUUUCUCAAGUUCCUUCAAGAACCAAACUCCUUGUUUUCAAAACAUAUACUUGAUCUCCAGUCAAUCCCGCCCCCUCCUCAGUCGAGGCGCAUCACUGUGCUCAGGCCAUCAAAAAGCAUGGCAGCAUCAAAUGGGUUAACAAAACUGUACAAUGGCAGUGACAGAUAUGUUGAUCAAGAGGUGAAGAGAGAGAAACAGGUGAAAAAGCAGGAUCCCACUGGUUAUAUGUUGGGAAAUUCCUAUCACUGUGAAAUGGAUGGGAUGGGUAAAGAAUUCAAGAGAGAGAAAGUGGUGAAGAAGCCAGACCCCACAAAUUGUUUCUUAGGAAAUUCGCAAGAGGUAAGUGAGAAGAAUCAUGACUGGGAUUUCUCUAAAGUUAGACUAGGAGCACCUUCUCAGCCAACUAGGAUAGUGGUGCUAAAACCUAGUCCUGGCAAGACUCAAGACAUAAGGGCAUUAAUUUCCUCCCCAAACCAAAAUGAGAGGUUUUCAGGGUUGGGGCCUGAUGGCACAAAAGGCUCUAGAGAGAUUGCAAGGGAGAUCACUAGGCAGAUGACAGAGAAUCUGACAAGUGAUACCUCAAGGAGAGAUGAAUCUUUUUCAUCCCCAAUCAUUUCAAGUACAGUGGGGAGAGAUGAUGUUUUCAUGUCCUCAAUGGUUUCGAAUGGCUAUGUUGGGGAUGAGAGCUCAUUCAACAGAUCUGAGACCGAGUUUGCAGAGGGUGGAAGUAUCAGUGAUUCAGAGGUUUCAACCCCAACUUCUAGGAAUUCAUGGGAUUAUAUCAACAAGUUUAGCCGUAGUUCUUCAUCCUCUAUUAGUAGAGCCUCAUGCUCCCCUGAGUCGUCGGUAAGCAGGGAGGCCAAGAAGCGACUUUCUGCAAGAUGGGCAAUGAUGGCUAAUGGAGCUCAGGACCAAAGGCAACUGCGCAGGAGCUCGAGCACAUUAGGGGAGAUGCUUGCCCUUCCUGAAUUAAAAAAACCAGAGAGAUCCUCUGAGGAGAGAAGCAAUGGAGUUCUAAGUCAAUCAAGCAAUUUGUCACCUAAAGGUGAAAUACAAGAAGGCCUGAGCUCUUUUUCAGAAGGAAGAACCAUUAAUGAAAUUAAUGACUCUGCGCAAGUUUCUCCAAGAAGCCUGGCGAGGUCUAGGUCAGUUCCUGUUUCUUCUACUUCCUAUGAAGCAAUGGACCUGGUUGGUGGCAAGUCCAAUACAAAGGAUUCGGGGAAACCGAAGGGUGGGGGGUUUUUCAUGGGGAAGGUUUCAAAUUUCUUCUUCUCGAGGAGUAAGAAAGGUAGGAGAGAGAAACACAAUUCUGUUGGGCUGGGCCCUUGGGAGUGUGGUGGCUCUUUGAUUAUCGAUCUGGAGAGAGAAAACACUCAUCCUGCUGAAGUAGAGGGAGAUGCCUCACAAUCGAUGCCCCUAGCAGUUGGAGAAGAAUGCCCAAACACUCCAAUUUCCACUGCCUGUGAUGAAUGCUCCUCUCAGGCAGUUUCAUCGCCUCCAAAACAACAAGUGGCACGUCUAGAGAACUUGAACGAGAAUGGGGAUCAACCCAGUCCUAUCUCAGUACUAGAGUCGCCAUUCGAAGAUGAGGCUUCUCCCCUGCAAGAGAAGGAAAGGGUUGCUUUAGAUAUUAAGCCACGCAUGCCAUUCAACCUUCCAAAAUCAGAUGGAACCACUAGGCCUCUCGAGCAACCACGCACUGCCUCUCUCUCACUGCCCACUCUUGAUGCCAGCCGAUGGUUGCCAUCGCCUUUGACUCCACACUUCUACUUCUGGGGUGAAUCAGAACAAGAAGUAUUCCUCUUUGUUGAGACCAUUCUCAAUGCCUCCGGUUUAUUGGAUGAGCCUGAAUGCUCCAUCUUUGGAAGAUGGUAUUCACCAAACUCACCUUUGGAUCCAGUGCUUCUCGAUAAAUGCUUAGACAAAAAUGGUUCGGUUUCAAGCAAAGGAGGAGAGAGAGAAUGCUGCUCUAAACAAAAUGAUCCAGUUACAUGCAUUGAAGGAGAGAGGAAAAGUUGCUCGGACCAAAACGGCAUGGUUAUUUGUAAAGUGGAGAGGAGGGAUGAGAUGGAGAGGAAGCUCGUAUUUGAUUGCAUAAAUGCAGUCCUUGUGGAGAUUACAGGGCCAUGCUUGGAUGCACACCCAUGGGCCAGGCCGAGGAGGCAGGGGCCCGUGGGUCAGCAACUGGUGCAGGCAACAUGGAACCUGCUUCGAGAGUGGGCUCAUGGGGAGGGUCUGGAGAGAGAUUUGAGUGGGUGGUUCGAUUUAGGUCAGGAGAUGGAUUGGAUUGGGACAGAGAUAGAGAGGUGUGUUCUUGAGGAUUUGAUUGAAGAUGCGCUUUGUGAGCUCUCAUUAUCUCUAUCUUCCACAACCAAGUGAGGACUAAAUGCCCAUUUCCGUUCUCUCUCUCUCUCAGCGAAUCUCGAUCGUUGUAUUUCUUGAAGGGAUUUGAGCUGUUUUUUAUGCAUGGUCUAAUGGAAUAAUAGCCAUCCAAAAGAGACUUAUGUAUUGGAAAUAUGGAGAAGCAUUCUUGUUGUCUUGUAUGUGUAUACAGAUGAGGUUCCUAAUCACAAGAUUGCUACCUCUCAGUGAGCGUGUUAUAUUAGCCAUGGAGAUGUUAAUUGGGUCUUUUUUUUCUUUUGUUCUUGUGACAAGUUGUGAAUUUUCUAAUUCUUUUUAUAGAUAUGAAUCUCCGCCUUCAUUUUGUAGAUAUUGAAUACGUCUUCUGUAA